AAAGAAAUUUAUUAAUUUUUUUAUUAAAAUAUCAAUUAAACUUAUUUCACAAUGGGAAAAGUAAUGUCGGUAGUGUCUAGGAAACUUAAUCGCUUUAAUGUAGAGAAUCGAGCACAUCGUAUAUUGGAAAGAGAAAAGCCGGUCGCCGCACCCAAGUAUGAAGCAAAUUUAAGGGACAUGGAAAGAACUAUGGAGUUGGAUCCCAAUUUCUUGGAGAAAUUGAAUAAAAAGGACAGUGCUUUGAAUGAACGACUUAAAAAUGUUUAUGUAACCUCGGAGGACAGAUUUAUUGAUUAUGGACUGCAACGAAGUCAAACUUCGGCUGAGAAACAAUUGCCAUUGGCUCGAAAUACACCAGAAGAUUUUGAAUUUGGUUAUAUGGAACCACAAAGGAUUACAGUAGGACGUUGCACAUUAAGACAGGCCUUAAAGUUUAUAACAGACCACCAGUCUGAACCGGAAAAGUUUACGCCAGCCAAAAUUGCUGAGGAUUACAAAAUGAAACCAGAAUUAGUUGAUAACAUAUUAAAAUACUUUAGAAGUUAUAAUAUUUAUAUACCAGAUCAGAGAAGUAAUGAUUCUAUAUUGACACAAGCCAAACGGAACCUGUUGACAGAUAAACCCAAAGAUGAAUCUUAAAUACUUAAUUUAAUUUACGAACGCUUUCCUAAGUAAUCUUGUUAUUAUUGUAAAUAAAAGUUAGUCAAAAUAUAAAAAUAAAAGCUUGAACUCACAUAAUGGCCCUAAAGUUGUUACAAAAAUUCAAA